AUGCAAAGCACCCAAACGUACCCAGAGGCCAUCCCUUUCAGAAAAGGUGCCCGAGGCCUGGACACCGACAUAUGGAUCAGUCUUGUCCUCACCCGACCAUUGGACCUUGCAGACGCUGCAAUCACCAAAGUCGAGCACCAUCAGAGUCUCAAAAAUCCUCAGCAAGAUUUUCUUGCCAUUUAUGUUACUCAUCCUAUCCGCCCCACGAUCUUUGUGAUCGAGCGCAGAAAGCCCGCAGCCGGCUCCCCCGAGCCAUUCCUUUCCCUCCUUCACGCAUCGUCUUCUUCCCUCUGGGCGUCUCUCCCCGAAUUCACCAUCUCGAUCCCCACUCCCGAAGCGAAAAAACCCCUCUCUUCGAUUACCCAGCGCCGGAAGGACCGCCGGCUUCUACGCACACUUUAUUUCCCCAGUGGGGCUUCGCCGUCUGAUAUGCAGCUAGCUAUACUCCUCCAGACCGUGCACGACACCCCGCCCCUUCUCGAUUCUUACGCUCGAAGCGUGUUCGACCUUUUGAAAGCGCUAUUCAUGGGACGGGAGCAAGGCGAGGGAAGUCAGUCAUUAGUCAAGGGCAGUUCGGAAGUUGUGUCAGGCCUGUUUGCUGCUGCCGUCGAGAAUUUCCGAAAAUCACAGCGAGAUCAAGGAAAACCUCUCGGUCUCGAUCUGUGGAUUGAUUUCGUCCGGACUCGACCGUCUGGCCUCUCGGAUGCGGUCGUACACAAGAUUGAGCACCGCAAACAACUCGACCAUUCACGACGCGAAGUCCUCGCGGUCUAUCUCACGCAUCCUCUUCAUGACGGUCAGACCGUUUUCCUCAUCGAACAUUCGAUUCCACAGAAGGCGUUUCUUGCUCGUCUGUUCUCUUCGAAAGUAACAUCUCCUAUGAAGAUGAUCUCUUCCUCAUCACCCGUUACGAUCACGAGAUCUUCACAACUCAAUCAAGCGAGAAAUUGUGUCCACGCCUUGUUCAUCCAGGAGAACGACGAGCCCAUUCGCACAAUCUCCUUCGAAAUCAAUCCACUAGACAGCGAUUUGGCCACCAUCCUUGAAGAUCAGCUUUCAGUUCUUGAGACAGACGAAAAGGAAUAUCUGGCCUAUGGAUCUUUUGCAGCAAGGGCAUUUGAUGCGUGCGGCGAUCGCAUCCCCGGGUCCAAUAUCAGUGACGGUAACCCGCGUCCGGAUCGCCGGCGGUAG